AUGACGAUCUCGUCAGCGAGCUCAGACACACUGAGGACGGAGGUGGAUGUCGAUGAGACAACCCCUCUGAAUCCAGCCGCUCUGGAUACAUCUGUCGCGAAUGCAUCGAAUUACCAAAGUAUCUCCAAAGGACCAACGAGUGAUGCUCGGAGCAGCCAUGAUACGGAUGAAGAACGUCCCCUAGUUAGUCCAGCAGAGUCCCACGAAAAUAACAAGGUGCAGGCACUGGCUAGCGUUAAGACUAUCAUCGCCGUGCUACUUCUCGGUGAAUUCAUCUCCAAUGCAGAUACCACCCUCGUUAUGGCUACAACCGGAAAGAUUUCGUCUGAAUUCGAUCGGCUGCGCGAAGCCAGCUGGCUGGCCACGGCUUUCACUCUCGGUUUGUGCGCGGCACAACCAAUGUAUGGCAAGCUGAGUGAUAUCUAUGGUCGCAAACCACUCUUGCUCUGGGCAUACUUCUUCUUCGGCCUCGGAUGCGUGAUCAGUGGAAUCGGCUCAAGCAUGUUCCUGGUGAUUCUGGGGCGUGCCAUCAGUGGCAUCGGCGGUGCUGGGACAAUGGCGAUGGGUGUAAUCAUCAUCACAGAUAUUGUUCCUCGACGAGACGUGGCUCAUUGGCGUGCGUAUAUCAAUAUUGCUAUGACUCUGGGCCGGAGCGCAGGUGGUCCUAUCGGUGGCUGGUUGACGGAUACCGUUGGAUGGCGGUGGUCCUUUCUCCUUCAAGGGCCGCUAUCUGCGAUGGCUGCUUUACUCGCCAUUUGGAAGCUCAAGCUCACAGCUCCCGCGACCAACAAGGACAUUCGCAGGGUCGACUUCAUUGGAACAUUCUUUCUCGCUGUUGGAGUAAUCACAACCACCCUCAUUCUUGAUCAAGCUGGAAAGGCCUUCGCUUGGGCUUCGCUUACAACUGCCUUUCUUGCUACACUCAGCAUGUCUGCAUUUAUUUCAUUUGUCGUUAUCGAGCUCUAUGUGGCCCCAGAACCGAUUUUCGACCUACGCAUCUUGCGCCGGACCAACGUGACUCUUAGUUACCUGAUUGGGUCUUUGCAGAUUACAGCACAGGUUGGCAUGAUGUUCUCGGUCCCCUUAUACUUCCAGAUCACGUCACGCGCAUCUGCCACAGUCGCGGGUGGACAUCUUGUUCCUGCAGUGAUUGGAAAUACGCUAGGCGGUUUGAUUGCUGGUGCCUUCAUUCGACGAACGGGCCAGUUCAAAGUCUUCUUGAUCGUGGCUGGGCUUGUCGCAUCGGUCACUUAUCUACUACUCUUUCUCCGCUGGAAUGGCCACACGGGCUUCUGGGAGUCGUUGUACAUCAUUCCAGGAGGCAUGGGAACCGGCUUCGCGUCGGCUGCGGCCUUUGUCAGCAUGACCGCUUUCCUACUACCCCAGGAGAUCGCUAUGGCUACCGGAGGUUAUUUCCUGCUCUUCAACUUUUCGAUGACCGCUGGUGUGACUGUCACGAACAGUGUUCUGGGAACCGUAUUUAAGCGCCAGCUCGAGCAGAACUUGACUGGCCCUGGAGCAAGGCGGAUAAUCGAACGAGCUCUGUCUGAUACAAGCUAUAUCAAUGAGCUCAGUGGACACGUCCAUGAUAUUGUGGUUCACGGUUACGUGGCUGGACUUCGGUACACAUACUGGUUUUCUCUCGCUCUCUCAUUGUUCGGGUCCUUGCUGGGCUGGAGUGUGCGAAAGCAUCAGUUGCGAAUGGAAGAAACUCUUCAACAUUUACAAAAACAUAAGGUCUUCAACCAGGCCAGCUAG